AUGGUUGCAUUUUUGUGCGGUGAGUUGACUAAUAGUGCCACAUAUUUUUGCUCAUUUGCCAAUGUUUCUAGCAAAGAUGCCACUGAUUUAAACGGCCAGUUUGGCAAGGAAAAAGACAAAAAAUGGCAUCCGUGGAAUUAUUCGGAAAGGGUACAAGUAGCCAAAAGUGUUGAAACGUUCAAGCAGACUGUCGCAAAGCAAAAUAUAGCAGAAAGUACUAAGCGAUCCAAAGUAACUAAUUUCAUAGCCGGCAAAAGAAGUAGGCAAGAAUUUAAACCACUCCUAGGCCCAAUGGUUGAUAGGAUCCAUAUUGAUCCUUUGCACCUAAAAAAUAAUGCAUGUGCACUAGCCCACAGGCUACUUCUACAAGAGGUAUUACUGAUUUCUCAAUUACCCAGUGCAAUAAAAUCAUUUUUGCAGGUUCCCAGCACUUCGCCAUUUCACAAAUAUAUUGAUGCAAUGAGAACUAAGUGCAAUCUUAGAAGACUUGCAAACAAAAUUAUUAGGUGGUUCAAUGAAAACCGAGAUAGCAAGUUUGAUUAUAGAUUCACCGGAAAAGAUUCUCGGUGCUUUUUGCAGAACUUCAUGUUUCUAAUUGCUGCUAUGGAACCAUUUUUGAAAGAUAAAACACUAAGGCAUUGUUUACAUUUCAUGUACUUGCUUACUUGUGUUUAA